AUGGCUCAAUCAAUCAAGAAUGUCAUGGCCAUGGGCGCCGGCGGCCUUUUCGGCACUCACGUCUUUGCGGCUCUUCAGAAGGAGGGAUGCUUCAAUCUCACCGUUCUAUCGCGCAGGUCUUCCAAGUCCAAGUUCCCCUCAGACGUCACUGUCAUCCACAUUGACGAUGACUAUCCCUCGGAUCAACUCGUCGAAGCCUUCAAGGGCCAGGACGCCCUUGUAUCGACCAUACCAGGCCGCCCCUACUCUGUCCACCUGCGCAUGAUCGAUGCCGCCAUCGAGGCAGGGGUCAAACGCUUCAUACCGUCCGAGUAUGGAAACAACACUUGCUCCGCUGCGGCAGAGCUUGUACCGCUCUACGGAGACAAGGCCAAAGUGCUCGAUUAUCUUCGGGAGAAGGAGCACACUGGCCUCUCUUGGACUGCAAUCCAUGCUGGCCAAUUCUUUGACUGGGGCCUUGACGACGGCUGGCUGGACUACCACCUCAAGGACAACCGCGCUGUAGUCUACGACUCGGGCGACACGCGCUGGUCGACGACCACCAUUGGCACUGCCGCGCUCGCUGUGGCUAGGGUCCUUGUUAAUGCUGCCUCCACCAAGAACCGCCCCAUCUUCGUUGCUUCGUUCACCGUUUCUCAGCGGCAAGUCCUCGAGGCUCUCGAGAAGGCUACCGGUGCCAAGUGGGAUGUGGCUACCAUGACCUCGGCCGAGGCCAUCAAGAAGGCCAAGGAGAUGGACAAUGCGGACUACUCAGAGGGCUUGAAGCUUCUCAUUCUCAUGCUGAUGUAUGCCGAUGAUGUUGAUCGCGGCGCGAACUUUGAGAAGGAUGCCUUACUGUGCAAUGAGACGUUAGGUCUACCCGUGGAAGAUCUUGCCGAGGUGGUGCAGCGUGUCGUCAAGAACUUCAAGGUCUGA